UUAGUGGUGUCAGUUAUCUUAUGCCUCAGAUUCGAUGGAGUGAAACUAUAAAAGGUCACCGGGAGCACCGGGAAAAUCACUGCAGUACGACUCCAGUCUUGUCUGUAUCAUCUGUACCCUACAAAGCAAAGAACACCAAGAGCUCACAAUGGCCUUCGGCGGUGUACUGAAAGAUGCUGACAUCACUGCAGCCCUGGAUGAGUGCAAAGGCGAUGGCACAUUCGACCACAAGAAGUUCUUCAAGACAUGCGGUCUGGCUGGCAAGUCUGACGCUGAGCUUGGAAAGGCUUUCGCUGUCAUUGAUCAGGACAAGAGCGGUUUCAUUGAGGAGGAGGAGCUGAAGCUGUUCCUGCAGAACUUCAGUCCAAGUGCACGCGCACUGACCGAUGCCGAGACCAAGACCUUCCUAAAGGCCGGUGACAGCGACGGUGACGGCAAGAUUGGUGGUGAAGAGUUCGCUGCCAUGUGCAAGUAAAAAGGCAACCGACCAACACCUGCUCUGAUGGAACAACAACGCCCACGUCGACCUCCCCCUUUUCAUCUGAAUAUAAAUAAUUUUUAUACAUUUGCUUAUAAGAGUCGAUUCCUCCUAUGCAACACACUGUCCAAAAUGAUGAUUGUGAAUGUCGCUCGGUUGUGUUCAUGUCUUAAUUAUGAAUUUUGCUUACUGUAAAAUUUAUGAUGCACUUUCCAGGAAAGAACAGUAAAAAAGAAUAAAUAUUCUUUUGCUACGGUCCUAA